CCUAGAGACGUCGCGACGUCUGAAUUUCUACAUCGAUCGUUUAAAGAACAAAUUUUCAAUCUUACGUCAUGUUCUCUUCUCGAUAAACAAGUGGUAGUGGCAGGGUGUUAGAUAUAGGCAUGGGGUGGAUAAGUAAGGAAGAUAUUUCUGGAGACAAAGGGAAGUUAUUGGAUGGCAAAGAUGAGAGCAAUUUAUGUCAGAAUGAAAUAGAAGAUGAUGCCUUAAACCAUGUAAGAAAAAACUUAACAGAAGCAAAUUGUACCGAUGGCAUGGCUGAAAAUGAUUUGAUAUUUUUAAAAGGACUUAUGGAUAGUCCUAUAUUGAGAAACAUCGUGAAGGUACAAGAUCGUCUAGGAGAACCUCCUUGUAUUCCAAAGCCGGCAUCAACAAAAACCAAGGAACUCUUCAAAGAACUCCUGAUUCGAUGUAAUAUCUCCAGGACUCGUGAAGCCAGAGAAUUAUCAUCUAUACUCAAUCACCCUCACUUCAAAGCCCUCCUAGAAAUUCACGAUGAAGUAGCAGAAUGUGUAUCAGAUCCUGAGAGCCAUCAGAAAAAGAAAGAACUUGAGAGGAAUCUAGUGGAAACUCCAUCUGAAAUCAAAGAAAUAACAGGCGAGAUGAUGCGAAUGGUUGGAAUCAGGAAGAAGGGCAAUGAACCCCUUGGCCUCACGAUACAAGUAAAUGAAAACGAAAACCUUGUUAUAGCAAGGAUAAUAGAGGGAGGCAUGAUAGAGAAGCAGGGUCUCUUACACGUUGGUGAUGUUAUAUUAGAAGUAAAUGGAAUACCUGUGAAAACACCCGAAGAUCUACAAAGUGAAAUAGUGAAAAGUAAUGACUCCGUAACCUUAAAAGUUGGCCAAAGCAGUCCAGAAACUCAUGCAGCUCUAGUGAAUUCAAACGGAUACAAAAAUGGAACCCUGAAGAGAUCCACGUGCUUCAUGAGAGCUCUGUUCGAGUACGACCCCAAAGAAGACACUCUACUACCCUGCAAAGAAAUAGGUUUGGGCUUCGACAGAGGGGACAUACUUCAGAUCGUCGACCAAAGAGAUCCAAACUGGUGGCAGGCUAAAAGAGUUGACGGAGAUGGCACCACUGGUCUCAUCCCCUCCUUGGAGUUGGAGGAGAGAAGAAAGGCCUUCGUACCUCCCGAGGCCGAUUUCGUGCACAAGAUCAGCAUAUGCGGUGCCAGGAUAUCCAAGAGGAAGAAGAAGAUCAUCUACAAAUCGAAGAGCAACGGCGAUUUCGACAAGGCUGACCUGUUGUUAUAUGAAGAAGUGACGCGAAUGCCACCGUUCAAGAGAAAAACGUUGUGUUUGAUAGGCGCGCAGGGUGUUGGGAAGAGGACGUUGAAAAAUAGACUGAUUAACAGUGAUCCAGAUAAGUUCGGAGGAGUGAUACCUCAUACUUCCAGACCGCCAAGAGUAUUGGAAGAAAACGGCCAAAGUUACUGGUUCAUAGAUAGGGAAACAAUGGAAGAAGAUAUCAAAAACAAUAAGUUCUUAGAAUAUGGCGAAUACAAUGGUCAUUUGUACGGUACGCAUUUGGAUUCGAUUAGAGACAUUAUCAAACAGGGCAGAAUGUGCAUCCUCGAUUGCAGUCCCCUCGCUCUGAAAAUUCUGCACAACAGUUCGGAGUUUUUACCUUACGUUAUCUUCAUAGCUGCCCCUGGGAUGGAACAGUUGAAGAAUUUGUACGAUGCGGCAACGAUAGGCAGGAGUACUACGAGUUUAAGAUAUUCUAGUCGAAAUCUCUCCUCGAGAAAUUUAUCAAGCAGAAAUUUAUCGUUCGAUCGACAGUCUUCAAUAAGACAUAGUUCAAGAAGGGCCAGAACUUUGGAAUCGCUUGCAUCGUUAUAUGAGGAAGAAGAUUUAAGAAAAUCUCUUGAAGAGAGUGCAAGUAUGCAAAGAACAUUCGACAAGUACAUCAAUCAAGUAAUUGUUAAUAAUGAUUUCGAUAUAACAUUCCGCCAAAUCGUUGAAGCCCUUGAUACCUUGACAAUCGAGCAUCAAUGGGUGCCUGUUAAUUGGAUAUACUAAAAAAUUUCAAUUUUAGCUUGCUCUCCGCAAAAAUGCAGGCUUGCCUUAAAAAUCGCUACUAAAUAGGCUGUAGUUAAGAUAGUCAUAAUGUAUUAAUAUUGAUAUUGAAGAAAAAUUUUUAUUAUUAUAAAAGGUCUAUUCUGCUAAGGAUUUGACGUACUGCCUUAUAAAUGUGCUUAAUUUUAUGUAUUACAAUUGUAUAAACUAAAUAAUACUGACCUAUGUAUGUCUAACUAUAUUAGUAGGUAAGUUUAAUAUUCAUAAAAAUUUUAAUUUUUUCAAUCAUUCGUUCGUCUUUUCCUUUUGUGAGUUCACUGAUGUAUCAGAUAUAACAAGAAUAUUAUUCUAUAUUUUAAAAUUUCGCCGAACUUUUUCAUGAAGAAUUGUGUCAUACAGUGUUUAUAUGAUAAAAUAACAAGUUCUAUAUAAUCCACUUAUAUUUUCAAUUUUAUAUGAUGUAAAAAUAAAUUCAAUUAAGUAUUUGAAAAAUUAUCGUUGUACGGGUUGAAAACUGUAAUUUGAUAUCAUUGAAUUCAUACCCAAUAUUUAUCUGUAAUUAAUAUAUCGAAAAUAUUUAGAUAUAUACUUUUAAGUUUAAUUUUUUUUUGAGUUGACUAUUCAAUGAAAGGGAAUUUGUAUAUAUGACCUAUUUGAACAUGAGGGAUCGUCACUAAUAGCAGCUAAAUAUCAUAUUUGAGAACCGUCGAGGUUCUCCAAAUGUGAUUGUACAUAGUAGAUUUAAUGUUAAAUAGUUUUUAAGACAUAUUUCUGAAUGUUUUAUCAGUGCAAACCUCUUCACUGAAACUUCACAACAUAUAUUGAAUAUUGAAGAUAAUGUAGCAUAGUACAAAUUCAUCACAUCGAAAAUAUUUUCUGAAUUUUGUUUACAUUUAGGUUUGAAAUAGUACUUAUACCUAUAUAUUUAUAUUGUUUCAUUGUAUAUGUAUUCUUCUUUGUAAUGUUCAUUUUUAAUUUUUGUUGUUGUUUAUGUAGAAUGAUUUACUUUAUCCAAAGUAAAUAUUCGAAAAUGUGGAAAAAAGCCGUACUAAAAGUAGAAAUAGUAGACAACCGAAUUUAAAAAAAUUUGGUGCUACUACGUAGUAUUAUAUAAUAAGGAAAUAUAUAAAUUGUAAGAUGAAAUACCUGCACAAUCAUAAGAUUUCAAACGAUAUUAUAUAAAAAUUUAAAAAUAUUAUAUGUCAAGCGUUAUAUUUUAAGUAUUUGGUAUUAUCACGAAUAUAUUUUUGCAGCUUGUAAAAAUUUCAAAAUAACAACAUACAAUUAUUCUAUUGAAGUAAAUAUAUUGAAAUGAUUCUGUGAAAAACUCGUACUUCUUAGGUCAAUCGGAGAAAAAUAUGUAGUAACGUUGAAUUUUUAAUCAUAUUGACGAGUUUUGUCAAUUAUACGAAUGUAAAAAUGCCUUCUCAUUAUAAAUAUUGUAUAAUUGAACUGGAAUUGCAUAGCGAUAGAACCCAAUGUGUAUAUUGAUUUUUUUUGCUACAGCUUUACAUACUUGUAGUUUUAUAAGAAUCGCAUCACUUAUUAUGUUUAUUUCAUAUAAAUUUUAUUUUUAAUUUUAAGACAAUGUUUAUUUUUUAAGUUGUAUAUUUUUCAUAAGCCUUAUUUGAAGCCGUCCAAUAUGUUCAGGGAUUAAGUUUUUAAACUCUCUGUUAACAUUGUAUUAUACCUUUAUUUUGUAUUAUUUUAUUUUUACGUAUCAGCAAAUAAUUUUUGAUUAAAUUUUGUUAUAUUUGAAAUAUA